AUGGCACCUGGGAGGCACCCUCUGCCGGAGGAUGCGACGACGCAAACACUCAACUAUGCACUGGGCAAUCUUGGGGGGAGGCAAAAGAGCUGGAUGACACUGCCCUACAACGCGCCAGCCCUGCCGCCUGUGCCUGUCGUUCCUCCAUCCACCGUGCGCGGUCGUGGAAGACCUCGCAAGCAUCCCGCGCCCGCGCCCGCUUCCAACACUAGCCCCCAGAACCCGAAUACGACACCACAGAUACCUUCGCAACCGCGUCCGACCGUCGAGACAGAACGACAGCCGCCCUCCAAUUCCACAUCUCCCAGGCUCCCCAACGUCCUUGUCCCUCAGAACACUGCCACUUCUGGGCCUUCGGUUGCCCAUGUGUUUCCGUCCCCCACUCCAAGCGAGGAGACAUCAGCGUAUCCGCCACCACACGAGAGCGCCUCUUCAAAAAGACCAAGCGAAGGACAGGAACAGCAAGCAGAGAAGCGGCGACGCAGUCAAGUCUAUGCACAAGGCCGGCCGCUAUCCAUAGCAAACACGACAAACGCCUGCCCAGACUUACCUCAUAGACCGUCUGGGCAACUCGACAGUCGCAGCCCACCGUUCGGGAUAAUGGCUUCGCUACAAACACAUCAAGGCACACAGCUUCACAAUCAGCAGCCUAGCAGAACACAGCUCCAACCAUACGGGCCUUUGAUGCCACCACCGAUGACUUGGCAAGCGCCAAACUCCCGGCCUUUAUCUUGCACGACGCAGCCAGAAUACGGGCCCAUAGCACCCUCGGCGCAUAAUCCAUCGAAUAAUGGUUGGUACACAAAGAACGAUUGUCUGCAGCGUCUUAGCGACUUCCAGACCUCAAUCCCUCCUCUGCUAGGUCACACCCCUGACGCAAAACGCCUGCUCGUUAUGCGGGAAGCCAUCAUGGACGAGGACUGGUCAUAUGUUACUAUGCAUCAAUCUUACUGCAUGCUCACCCAUGCCCGUCAUAUGAUACUGCAGAGUGUGCUGGAGCUACCGGGUUUGCAUGAAGCGCAGAACAUAUUGAAAGAAGUCCUGGACUCGAAUCAUAAUCUUGCACCCAAUUGUAUUAACUUCUUCAUCAACUUCCCGUAUCCGAUGGAGCAGAUUGCAUCACAGUGGCCGGCCAAGUUUGUACACCAAGCACAACGUUUCGGACAUUUCGUUGUUCAAUCACAGAACUACCGCCAAGUGAAGACCAUGUGGCUGACACUCCGACGCCCGCCCCUCGCACGAGAUCUCGCUGUCCAACUCGGCAUUGGUUCUCCCACAUUUCAGCGUCUCUUAUUCACGUCUGUUCUGCGAAGUUCCUGGCGCGGGGUGCUUUCCAACCCCACUUACACAAGCUUCGAGGCUCAGGCUCUUGCUAUUUUUCGUCAGAAUCAAGACGACUGCCACCAGCGAUCACCUGUCGAGUCGCUUGAGUUCCUGAGAGUCCGCGAGGAUCAAUGGGUCACUAAACUGAGAACGCUAACCGACGCAUUUGAAGCUGCACUUCAACAGCAAGGUCUUUCAUUGGCUGAAAUCCGCAACCGCGUUUCCCAACAACAGCAACAACUACCUGUAGCUCCCCAAUAUCACCCACAACAGAUACAAAGCAACUAUUCUAUUGCAGAUACCAAUGCAAUGCCACCACGUCCGAAUAGUUCAGUCGAUCCACGCUCAGCACAGGCUGCCAUCCAGCAGUCUCGUGGGCCCGGUCGUCUUCCCGCACGGCCUACCCGGCUGGCCGCUAUAUCGCCGGCUGCCGUCCCACCAUCCAGCCGGCCAGAGCGGCCAGAGCGGCCUUUACUUCCUGUUCUCAACUUUCAACCGCCACAACAGCGAGAACCUAACCCUACACGCUGUGCUUUACAUCAAGCUCAUCUGCGAAGCCCAGAUCUCCAAUCACAAUCCAAAUCCUCGCCGUUGUACAUCUUCUUGUCAAGAUUCUUGAAGCCUCCAGCUCGGCUAUGCGCACCUGCUGGUACCAUCGAAAAAUGGACUUUCACGCUCUCACCCUCCGAUAUGCAAAAGAUUGCAACAACUGUUCAAGAUACAACCGGUGGGCCCGGUGCUAUGAACAUCAAUGAAGGCAACGAGUUCGUGCAUCUGCGUUGUGUUGAGUGGCCGCAAUCUAGCCCAAUGGUUACCCUAACGGACGACCUUUGGGCAGUGGCUGAUACCCAUUGGAUACCUCACUCUUACUAUACUUUCAACGGCACCCCUCUUGAUCCGCGGAAAAAGCUUCACUAUGGAAAAGACCUCCCUAUCGAUCUCACGGGCCUUUUGAAAGAAGGUGAGAACGUACUGGAGUUUGUGGUAAUGGCUCCAUCUGGAGAUACAUCACAUCUCAGUUACUUGAUCGCCAUCGAGGGGAUGGAUAUCUUAUCUCAUGAAUCUAUCAAGCAGCAAUGUCUGAAUCAGAGUUGCGUUGCGGCAGAUCAAGUAUUACAAAGCAUCAGGAAGAAACUCGCUGGUGUCGACGAUGAUGAAAUCACCGUUGUCCAAAGCACACUCACUAUUGGGCUGUUCGACCCUUUCAGCCAAGCCAAAAUGUGUGACAUUCCAGUCCGUAGCAAAGCAUGUCCACAUAACGACUGUUUCGAUCUAGACACUUUCCUCCAGUCCCGUCCACGCAAGGGCGACGCUUCGGUAGCUGAUCACUGGAAAUGUCCUAUUUGCAGAUCCGAUGCUCGUCCACAAAUGCUUAUAGUAGAUGGCUUCAUUGAGGAUGUGAAGAAGCAGCUUGAGCUACAAGGACUUGCCAGCACGCGGUAUAUUCUCGUUCAACAGGAUGGAUCUUGGCAACCCAAGGCUGAAGUGCGCCAGGGUGUGUCGGACGAUACCCCGGAGCCUGUCACUGAACGUUCAGUACCAGCUGACGCCGACGUAAUUGACCUUAGUGACUGA